CUAUUUAAUUUUUACAUAUUUAUUUCAUGAAGAAAUAAAUUUUAAAAAAUAAUUUAAAUCCUCAUAAUAUAGAGAAUAAAAGACUUGGAUAAUUUGUGUAGCGUGGGAAGUUUGGAUAUGAAGGUAUGAUGGUACGGUGCCUGUUCGUCAAAAGUACGGAUGACCUGGAUGCACGCGAUAUUAUGUACCAGUCUCUGUGAACAUCUAGCAUAAAGCAGAUUUAAAUUUCCUUGGAUUAACUUGAAAAUUCAGUCUGGCAUCAAAUAAGAUUGGCUAUUGCAUAUUGCGUGUGUUGACUUGACUCGUUACUAUAGUAAUCAGGAUAUUUCGAUUACAUAUACAUGCAAACUCAGUGUCGUUGUACACCCUUUUAUAUAAAUUUUUUAUAUUUUUUUUUUGUUCAUUUAUUUUCUCCCUAAAAAGAUUGAUUUUUAUAUUGAAGUCUAUAUGUAGUUGUAGGAUCAAGUUUCAUGUCAUUAUGAAAACGGCAUGCUAGCGACUAACUACACACGAAAUUCAGGAUGUGUUGAUAUUUCAUCACCAUCAUCAGUCUAUUCAGUACGUCCAAAAUUUAACAUUAAAUUAUAUCAUCAUAAACCAACAAAAAUUAAUUAUUCACAAAUUGAUAAUGCUGCUGCAAUUGGACGACCAAAACGUUUUAAAAUUCGAAGAUUAAAUUCUAUUGGACAUACAAUGGAUUUAUUAAAAAAACAAAAAAUUCCUGAUUACACUGAUACAGCCUACAAAGAAGCUGUUUCGAAAUUAAAAUAUUUAUUGGCUGAAUCAUAUACUCCAAGAACAUCUAGAAGAAUUUAUCAGGAUAAAAAUAUUUAUCCAAGAAGUACAUCGAGAAAUCGAGGAUUAUUGAAUGACAUUGAUUUACAAAGUGUCAUUAGUGAUAAUACAACAUUACCAGAUAAAAAUAAUCAACAAAGUACAUCAAUAUUAACACAAGUUGAUGAUUCAUCAGCUCCAUCACGUGAAUUAAAGACAUUGAUUAUGCGUCAAGAAGAAUAUAUUGAACAACUUGAACAAGAAUCACGUUAUUGUAAAGAUGAAUUAAAAAAUUUACUUGGUAAAAUACGUAAUGUUGUUGCUGAAAAUGAAUUAUUACAUGAUAAAAAUAAAAUGGCAUUAUUGAAAAGUUUUUUAAAUGAACAUAAUAAUGAUAAUAACAAUGAAAAUAUUGAUAAUAAAAAAUUAAUACAAAAAAAUUCAUUAACAAAAAUUAAAUCACGUGAUAAUUUAUUAUUUGAUUGUGGAUCAUCAAAAAUAAUAUUUGAAUCAAGAAUAAGUGAAUUAGAAGCACAAUUAACACAAUGUAAAAUUGAAUUAAAAAAAGCACUUGAAGAUAUUAAUACUAAAAAUAUUAGUGAUAAAAAUACAUCAAUAAAUCGUGAAAAUAAUGAUACAAUUGAACAAGUUAUACGUGAAAAAUGUGAGUUAACAAAUAAAAUUGAUGAUUUAACUAAAAAUUUAAAAUUAUCACGUGAACGUGAAGCUGAAGCAAAUCAAAAAAUUAAAAAUGCAAUUGAAAAUAAACAACAAAUUGAAUAUGAAAAAAGUCAAGCUGAAAUGGAAGUUCGUAGAUUAAAAGAUGAUCUAGAAAGACAACGUCAUAAAAUACGUGAAGUUGGACAAGAAAAUUGUCGUAAAUUAGCUGAAGAAAGACAUGAAGUUGAACGUAGAUAUGGACAACAAGUUGAACAGUUAUCAGCUGAUGUUGCAACUCAUUGGGAUGUUGCAUCGAAAUCACAAUUAGAAAUCGAAAAACAAAGAAGAGAAAUAUUCGAUUUAAAACGUGAACUUGGACAAAAACAAGCAAUCAUUGAUGAUUUAAAAAAAGAAUUAUUAUCAAAAAUAUCAAACCUUCAAAAUGAUAUUUAUCAGGUGACAACAGAAAAAGAUUCAUUGGAGCAAGAAUUAGCAACAGCAAAAUUAGCUGCUGAUAGAAGUGAACGUCAUGCAAGACAAGAACAAAGUCGUUAUCAAAGUGAAAUUAAUUCUUACAAGCAAAGAAUUGAAAGAGCUGAUGCUGAUAUUGUUCAUUGUCGUCGUGAAAAUUUACGUUUAUCAGAACAAAUAGCAUCACUUGAAAAAGAGCUUAGUAUGAGUAAAAUGAUACGAACAACAGAUACACCAUCAGUUAUAAUUUCAACCCAAUCAAAAACAGCUGAAAAUGAAAUGUCUGGUUUAAUUAAAAAUAUGGAAGUCAAACAUGCUGCUACUGUGGGUGGUCUAGAAAACGCUCUCAGCAGACAAGCGAUGCUCGUCUCACGAUUGACUGCUGAAUGCCAAAUUCUCACACAACGUUUGGAAGCAAACAACCUCAUGCACAAGGAACAGAUGGGCAACCUCCAAACCAACAUAGAAUAUCUGUCGACUAAAAUACGUGAAACAUUUGCUCAACAACAAAAAGCACAAGAAAGCUACGUUUCAGAAACAGAUAAUUCAUCAGCACAAAUUGAAAAUCCAUCAAGCACCACAAAAUCAACAGAUAAUCAACUAAAAAAUUCACAAGAAAAUAAUGAAAAUACAGAUAUAAAUCAGGCAAAUUAUGAACAAGAUAAUAAUCAAAAUUACGAAACGUAUCCAAAUGAUUAUAAUGAACAAAAUUAUACACAAUAUGAGCAAUAUGAUCCAUCAAUGUAUCAAGAAAAUACUCAACCAGUUACCAAUGAAGAUGGAAAUAAUUAUCAAAAUUCACAGUAUGAUAAUUAUCCAACAAAUUAUAAUGUUGAUGAUAAUGUUGAUAAUUCACAAGCUCCUAGUCAAUCACAAAAUGAUCAGCAACAAUAUGAUGAUCAACAAAAAUUAUAAACUCACCAAAAAAAUAAAUAAAAAACAUUGUAUCGUUAUAAUUAAAUAUCAAUAUAUAAAAAUAAAAUUAAAAAAUAAUUUAAAAAA